AUGGAAACCUCAACACAACACAUAGGUGCAAGUGAAGAGUUUUCAGGGUGUUCAAAACAUACGGAAGUUGGUGGAAACACAAGAGUUGGUGGGAAAAAAAGAGAUGCAAAGGCAUUAGAAGUUGAAGAGGAGAUUGUCAAGCUUGAAAGGGAGAAGAAGACGAAAGACACAAGACCGCUCUUUUGCUAUUUGGUGAAAGUGUUGAUGUUCGAAAAGUUUGGUUACAACUUUUGCAUACUAGUUAUUACAAGAUUGCUGAUUUGCGUUUCGAUUCUUGCAAGUUGCUUUGAAAAAAAAAAACGAAAAGAAAGCCCUCAUCACAACGAGCAUGCGGUGGUAUAG